AUGUGCGGGUGCGGCCGUGCGAGGCCGGGAGCCGCCUCGUCCUCGUCGGCGGGCCGCCGGCUUCCCGCCACGCCGCUCUUGCUGCUCGCCUACCUGAGCUACCUGCUGCUGGGCAGCGCAGCGUUUUGGGCGCUGGAGUCGCCCCGCGAGAGAGACGUGGCGCGGCGGCUGCUGAGGGAGAAGUGGGAGCUGCUGGAGAACUACACGUGCCUCGAGAGGGAGGAGCUCGAGGACCUCGCCAAGGGCAUCAUCCAGGCCUACAAGAGUGGGCUUUACCUUAAGGGAAACACGAGCCUGGGCAGAUGGGACUUUGUUGGCUCCUUCUUCUUCUCUGUUUCUGCAGUAACAACCAUCGGCUAUGGUAACCUGAGUCCCAGCACGGUGGCUGCACAAGUCUUCUGCAUCUUCUUUGCUCUUUUUGGGAUUCCUUUGAACCUUGUCCUCCUCAAUAGGAUAGGACAGUUGAUGCUCUCUGGUGUUCAGCUGUGCGCCUUCCACCUGGGUGAGAAGUUCCACUGGCAGAAAGGGGCGGCUGUCUUGACGCGGACCUGUGCACUGGUUGUUGGCCUUCUGCUGUUCCUUCUGCUACCUCCUCUGUUGUUUACUGCCAUAGAAGGCUGGACCUAUGAAGAAGGGUUCUAUUAUUCUUUCAUUACUCUUAGCACAAUAGGCUUUGGAGAUUAUGUAAUUGGCAUGAACCCUGAGCGCACCUACCCAUCCUGGUAUAAGAAUGUGGUGUCUCUGUGGAUUCUCUUUGGGAUGGCUUGGCUAGCCCUGAUCAUCAAUCUGUGCAUCAGCUUGCUAGAGAACUCCAGUGGCCUCUGCCGGUGCUGCAAGAGAAGGAGCAGAGACGCAGAGCAAGAGUUAAUAAGUGGCAACCCAAAUGUCACUUUGGAAUCUAAGGAUGGGCAGAACUGCAGCACAAAGGACACUAAGCCUGCAGGGCCAAAUUGAAUGGCAUAUAUGCUUUAUUCCACCAAAGUGUUUUGGCUUUUGCUGGAGGGAAACAUCCAGCUGGGCAGCCCAUCAGCAGACCACCAUUUUGUGGCACUGGCAGAAGUGUGGCCAUGUGGGAUCAUCCAACUCAGACCAGAGUGGAAAUCAAAGUCUGCUCCUUGGGUUGUUCAAGGACUGCCUUACAUGUGAUUUCCUUUCAAUGUGGAGAUGAAUCUCUGUGUCAGAGGAAUAAUAGGGCCUGUGCCAUCUUAGCUGAAGGGCUUUUAUAUCACUGCAAGCGUGAGAGUUGGAAAACCAUGAACAUCACUGUGCAAUUAUGGCAACCUGUGGGAGGUUUCCCCCCUAUAUCAAGGUUAUUUCUGUGUAGGAAAAAUGUGAGGUGACUUUCUCACCUAUUAACCACUGCUCAAAAUGCUGCUGUAGUAUUGCAACCUAUUAACUUUGUAGGGUUAUUUUCCCAAUAGAAGGCUGAGCAGAUGCUGCCACAGCCCUUGCCUUUAAUAAAGAGCAUUUGUACUCCAAAGCGUGGCAGGUUCUGUUGCAUAUACUUAUCACAGGUAACUGCCAGGGGGCUGGGAUAAAGUCAACCAGUGCCACUCUCUGGAAGUAACCCCGUAGAUAGAAGUGGAGCACCAAGUGCCCCACUCUCAACCCACCAAGAUGGUCCAGUAAGAUACCAAGGUCAACGGUAUCAAAAGUUGCUGAGAGAGUGAGCCAGAUCAACAGGCUUGCACUUCCCCUGCCCCUCUCCUGUUAAUGGUCACCCCCUCAGGGUGACCAGGACUGAUUCAGUCCCAUCUAGAUAAUAUGUUUCCUCUAGGAGGGCCUGGUGCUGCACAGCCACUACCACCAGAGCCCAGGCCGAUGGAGCAGUCACAGUGCUACUUCUUUAAGCACAGCAGUCACCGCUUUUGUCGUUGAGAGCUCGUCACUUUCCCCAUACU